AUGACAGAGAUUGCUCUUCUCGGUGCUGCUGGUCAGAUCGAGCCCCUCUCAGCCUCCUCUAUAAAGCUCAUAGCCACUGAUCUUAACCACACCGAUACCAAAGUGACUGUUCCAGGCUUUCUACCUGCUGAGGGUGGUUUGGCCAAAGCACUCAGCGGCACGGAUUUUGUCGUCGUCAUCGCUGGAAUCGCCAGGAAACCUGGAACGACGCGAGAUGACUUGUUCAACGUGAGAACUCCAGUCUCUGUUGCCGCCUCAUCAGUCUUCUCACGAAAUGCUUUAGACCAAUGCUUCCAUUAUCAGAUACAUCUUCGCCAAAGUUGCAAAGACCUGCCCCAAGGCACAGUCCCCGUCAUUGGCAGUCACAGCGGUGCUAUGAUUCUUCCUCUCUACAGCCAGGCCCAACCAUACAAAUCUACCGACGGCGGUGCGACAUACAGCCCCCUUGCUAGGGUCGAGGAUCAGGUCAACGGCUUGGGCAACUGGCACCAGCCCAUUCUCUACACCUUGGCCCAGGACUUUGGCGGAUAUAGCGAGGGCACAAUCCUGCUCGCUGGUGUCUCUGCUCCUCGCAAUCUCACCGAGGCCUACAUUGUUCUCUAUGCAAGUGAGAAUGAGGGCAAGGACUGGGAGUUUGUUAGUCGUAUUGUUUAUGGCCCUGGACCCGAGACUGUCGCCAAGGGUGAUAAAGCAAUUUGGGAAUUUUUUCUUAUGAUGUACGAUCACCAGCUUAUUUGCUACUGCUCUACACAAGUCGACCCCAACAUGGCGAUCGUCGCCUACAGCCCAGUCUCAAAGAAAUACUUCAUGACGUUUGAGUACUGUGGCGGGCCCCUUAUCGGUGGCUGCCCAAUUUACUACAAAGUAUCCAAAGACCCUCUCGCCUUUGGAUCUGCUGCCGCGCAGCCUAUCAUCCCUAACGACGGACAACUGAACCCCAACGACAAUCUGCGAGUGAUUUAG